GAGAUACAAGUAAAGCCCACUAUCUCUCCCUUUUCAAGCUUGUAUGAACUUCUGGGCGAAGCCAUAGCAGAAUCUCUGAGUUCUACAAUACUCCAUCAAAAGCACGAGCACGAAGCAGAGAAUAGUGGCGAUGGCGGAAGUCGCUAAUCCUGGAACUGAUACUCCUCCUAAUCAAACUAUUUACAUUAAUAAUCUCAACGAAAAAAUUAAGCUCGAAGAGUUGAAGAAGUCGUUAAAAGCCGUAUUUUCUCAAUUCGGGAAGAUUGUUGAGGUUUUAGCAUUCAAGACAUUGAAACACAAAGGUCAAGCUUGGGUGGUUUUCGAGGAUAGUUCUUCUGCUUCCAAUGCAAUUCGCCAAAUGCAAGGUUUUCCGUUUUAUGAUAAACCCAUGAGAAUACAAUAUGCAAAGACCAAGUCAGAUGUAAUUGCCAAAGCUGAUGGUACUUUCGUUCCACGUGAAAAACGAAAGAGACAUGAGGAGAGAGGUAAGAAGCGGAGGGAACAACUUGAUGCUAAUCAACCAGCUGUUGGAAUGAAUUAUGCUGGAGCAUAUGGCGUUGCUCCACCUCUUUCACAGAUCCCAUAUAUGGGUGCAAAACCAGUCAUCCCAGAGGCCCCGGCUGCACCAAAUAACAUACUUUUUGUCCAGAAUCUUCCACAUGAGGCAACUACAUUGAUGUUGUCGGUGCUUUUUAGACAAUACCCUGGCUUCAAGGAGGUACGUAUGGUGGAAGCAAAGCCAGGGAUUGCGUUCGUGGAGUAUGAAAACGAAUUGCAAUCAAUGGUCGCAAUGAACGCACUCCAGAAUUUCAAGAUAGUGGGAGAUAACGCUAUGUUAAUCACAUAUGCAAAGAAAUAGAUGAACAUCUGUGUUAAGCCUUGCAUGUGUUGGAGAUAACUUUUUGUCUGGAACUCUUGUUUGUGAGCUGCCAUUUAUCCUUCAUGCUAUUCUUAGGAUAUAGUGAUUAUGUAUGUAGUUCAGGAUGUAAAAUUUUAGUUGGAUAUGUUUUUUGCGUGUGCAAUCAAGGUUCAAAUAGCUUUUUAGUACUGGCGCUUGGAUUUCUAAACCUCCUAAGAGUGAUUGUACCGUUAUUUUGCCUCCUUACAUUUUAUCAACGUACUGCUCUGAUAAUACAAGUCUUUGGGGUAACUGAUUUUCACCUCUAA